AUGGCUCCAAAGAAUCUUACAGAUCUCCCAUCAGAGAUUCGUCAGCAAAUCUUCAAAGAGUGCCUCAAGGUAGAUGGCGGUUAUGCCUACAACGCGCAAACCGAUAAACUGACCAAUGCCGAUCAAGCCCGCACCCCGAUCGACCUCUCCCUUCGAUACACAUGUCGCUCUAUCGCAAGAGACACAACAACAAUUCCCCUGGCGGUCAACACUAUCCACUUCUCAACUACCGAUGACUGGCGCAGCUUGGCCGGUUGCUUCAACCUCGUUGCCACUACGUACUACAUCCUCGAGCAAGACUUGGCCUUUCAUCUCGCCGAGUUCAUUACCCCAGAAAUGUUUGCCCAGAUUGACGCCAAAUUUCCGAGAUUCAGGUCUAUGUUUGAAUCAGAGUUGGCAAACCAUAAUGUCAGGAACCCUGUAGAGGACAGGCCCCGCUCAAGGAAAGACCUUGUGGAUAGGAUGCGACCUCCCCUCUGCCACUGGGUAGGGUUCUUUUUCGGACUGAAGGUCGACAGGGCCGAUGUCUAUGGUCCCUCUGCCUAUCUCGGCUUUGCUGAUAUUCAUGAAGAAGACUUCAUGGACCCAUAUGGGCAAUUGUCGCAUGGUUCUCAUGAUAGAUGGCAACAGCAGUCAGGGGAUGUCCGAGAUGCACUCUCGUAUUGUCUGCGGCUCAUCGCUGACAAGGCACCAAUGGAAUUUGAACAUCAGGUACACAAAACUUUGCCUCACUGGAUUGGCAAGUACCAUCCGAAAGACUUUCUUGAUCUCAAAUUCAACCUUUGGGACAUUCCCUCAAGGGAGGAUGUUGCCCAUGCAUUGACUCUAUUAAAUCUUCACGACUUUGUGUGGAAGCUCCCUGAAUUUUGGAGGUACCCUGACGGGUUCUACCGGGAACUUGGCGAUUAUCCUCUUAAGCCACGUCCAGAAAACGCCCAACGAUGUCAAUACGCUGCCGAAUAUGACAAUCCCAUGGGACUGGUCGAUCAUUUCGAUUAUCGCUAUCUCAAAAAGAUAAGAUUCUCGGCUACCGCGACAGCAAUACGUUUCCUUAACAAGCUGCCCGCUGAGCAGCGAUCCCAAGUCCGCAGGCUCACAUUGCAUGAAGACAGUCCAUCAGUCAACAUGCCUUCACUUCAUGCCCAGGGUCUGGUCCCUUUCUUUAAGGAGAAUCCCUCACUUCGAGUAGAGCGCCGCGUCAGUCUUUUUGGCUGUAUUCAUAACUUCGCGGGGCCGAAUACGGACUGGAAAACUCGAACCAAAACCAGGCCGCUUUAUGGCCCUUCCUUCCUCCCAAAGUUACAAUCCUGGCUGAUUGACGCUCUUGCCAUACAGGACUUGGAUGUUCCUGCAGGCUCUUUUACCUUUACUGUGGCUGGCGAUGCCCAUAGCGAUUUUUGCACCGAUGUUUUCCAGAGGUGCGUCCUCAUGGGCAUUGCUGAGGGCGAGGCAUUUCAUAAAUGCCGCGAACUCGGCCUCUUCAGAUCUGUAGAGCCGAUGUGCAGUCACCCGGAACGCUUUUUCCUUGAUCCCAGAUUCAAGGAAGGGAUUGAGCACUUGGUGAGCAACACAUCGAUCCUACGUUCUGAUUUUAACCCUGGAGUUCCGGUAGACCCUGACACAUUGGUCGAGGAAACUAAAGGAUUUGAUGAUUUGGAAGACCUUGUUGAGAGAUGGGAGUUUGAAGCAGCAUCUUUUAGUUGCAAAAUGCCUCCUGAUCUAUUUUACGAUGUUAUGCUACCUGCCGUAUAUGAUAUUGAGACCAGGGAGCAGUAUAUCGAGUCACACGGAGGAAGGGUCAAGGAACAAGAUUCUUAA